AUGACGCAGCACAUCAGCAGUCUUCAGGCCGAUUUGAAAGCGUGCACCACAAGCCUCUCCAGACAUUGUGAGCAUAUUUCCCUUCUGACUAUUCAGGACUUCGAAAUGAUGAGCUGCAGACUCCUGGUGGUCGUGGCGCUGGUGUUCGCGGCGCAGGUGAGCCUCGCCCUCGCGGCCGCCCAGCGCUGGGGCGGCCGUGGCUGGGGCUCUCCCGCGUUCGCCAGGCCGUACUCGGGCGGGUUCGACCGCAGCAACGAGUUCGACAGCUUUGAAUUCGAUAGCAGCGACGGAUACGACAGCCGCGAAUCCAGCAACGGCUACAGAUACUGGUGAUGUCUCCAGCAAGAACGGCAGCUUGUAAGACGCUGAGAGCAAAUCUUUUUCAUGAAGCUUGUAUAUCUCUCGAACAAAUAAUAGACUCACAAAACAAAUACGAUACUUUCUACCUUAAGGAAAAUACAUAUCCACUCAACCAUAUGCAUGUACUUAAACUGUGGCAGCAGGACAUUUGAACAUAAAUGAUACUAUGACUUAGGUUCCAUUAUCGUCAAAAGACAUGCAACAUGCCUUUUUAAAGUUUUUAAAGUUUAGUGCUUUUAAAACAUUACUGUUAUCCUACAAAAUGAUAAUGAAAUAAACAAAUUGUUAAACCCCAAAACACAAUAUAAAUAGGAUUAACGUUACAUUUAUGCCUGUUUUCUACCUCGGUUCUUUUUCGCUGUACAUGUAUGUGUGUGAUUUGGAUGUUUCUGAAAUCAAUUUACGUCGUUUUCGCU